GCCUGCCUUGCCUCAGGUUCCGCAGUGUGACUGAAGAAGAUUCCUCGAUCCAUGUUCCGCGCAGUGACCCUGCUUCUCGGAGCUGUGAGGAAAGCGGGGCGAGCUCGGAAUCCGCGCCAUGGAUGCAGUGACCUAUGAGGAUGUGCAUGUGAACUUCACUCAGGAAGAGUGGGUUUUGCUGGAUCCUUCCCAGAAGAGUCUCUACAAAGAUGUGAUGCUGGAAACCUACUGGAACCUCACUGCUAUUGGAUAUAAAUUGGAAGACCUGAAUAGUGAGGAACACUCUCAACGCUCUAGAAGAUUUGGAAGACAUAACAUCUGUCACUCUGGAUACAAGCCUUGUGACCUUAAGAGGUAUGGAAAGAAGCAAUGUACCUUUGCAGAUAAAAGGUUUCUUCAAAUAUAUGAAAGAAUCCAUACUGAAGGAAAAUCCUAUGAAUGUAAGCAAUGCAGUCAAAUCUUUGCAAAUUUCUAUCAUCUUCGAAAACAUGAAAAAAAACAUACUAGAGAAAAACUAUAUGAAUGUAAUCACUGUAGUAAAUCCUUUCCAAGUCGCAAUUCUCUUCAAAUACACAACAGAACUCAUACAGGAGAAAAACCUUAUGAUUGCAACGAAUGUGGUAAAGCAUUUACAUGUAGCAGUAAUCUUCUACUACACAAAAGAACUCAUACAGGAGAAAAACCCUAUGAUUGCAAUGACUGUGGUAAAGCAUUUGCAAGUAGCAGUAAUCUUCAAAUUCAUAAAAGAAAGCACACUGGAGAAAAACCCUAUGGAUGUAAUCAGUGUGGUAAAACCUUUGCAUAUAGCAAUGCCCUUCAAAAACAUGAAAGAAGUCAUACUAGAGAGAAAACCUAUGAGUGUAAUCAGUGUGGUAAAGCCUUUGCACGUCAUAGAAGUCUUCAAAAUCAUGAAGAACAUCAUACUAUUGAAAAGCCAUAUGAAUGUCAUCAAUGUGGUAAAGCCUUUGCAUAUAGCAGUAACCUUUAUAUACAUGAAAGAAGUCAUACUGGAGAAAAGCCAUUCAAAUGUACUCAAUGUGGUAAAGCCUUUCCAAGUCACAGUUCUCUUCAAAUACAUGAAAGAACUCAUACAGGAGAGAAACCCUAUGACUGUAAUGAAUGUGGUAAAGCAUUUGCAUGUCGCAGUAAUCUUCUACUACAUAAAAGAACUCAUACAGGAGAAAAACCCUAUCAUUGCAUUGAAUGUGGUAAAGCAUUUGCAUGUAGCAGUAGUCUUCAAAAACAUGAAAAAACUCAUACUGGAGAGAAACCUUAUAAAUGUAAUCAAUGUGGUAAAGCCUUUGCACGCCGAAGUGAUCUGUAUAUACAUGAAAGAAUCCAUACUGGAGAGAAACCAUAUGAGUGUAAUCAAUGUGGAAAAGCAUUUGUACAUUGCAUUAGUCUUCAGAGGCAUGAACGAACUCACACUGGAGAGAAACCUUAUGAAUGUAAUCAAUGUGGUAAAGCCUUUACACGUCGCUUUAGUCUUCAAGUACAUGAACGAAUUCAUAGUGGAGAAAAACCUUAUGAGUGUAAUCAAUGUGGUAAAGCCUUUGCAAGUCGUAGUAGUCUUCGAUAUCAUAGAAAACAUCAUACUAGAAUUCAUACUGGAGAGAAACCCUAUGCAUGUAAUCAGUGUGGGAAAGCCUUUGCAUAUUACACUAGUCUCCGAAAUCAUGAAAAAAUUCAUACUGGAGGGAAACCCUAUGGAUGUAAUCAAUGUGGGAAAGCCUUUGCAUGUCGCAGUAAUCUUCAAAUACACGAAAGUUCUCAUAAAGGAGAGAAACCCUAUGAAUGUAAUCUAUGUGGUAAAACCUUUGCACAUAUCAUUUAUCUUCAAAGGCAUGAAAGAAGUCAUAUUGGAGACAAACCAUAUGAAUGUAAUCAAUGUGGUAAAAGCUUUACACAUUUUGGGCGUCUUCAAAAACAUCUGAAAAACCAUACUGGAGAGAAGCUCUAUAAAUGUAGUCAUUGUGGUAAGGCUUUUGUAAAUCAGAAUAACCUUCACACACAUGAAAGAACUCAUACUGGAGAGAAACCCUAUGCAUGUGAUCAGUGUGGUAAAGCCUUUGCAAGUCGCCAUAAUCUUCAAAUACAUGAAAGAAUUCAUACUGGAAAGAAACCCUAUGCAUGUAAUCAGUGUGGGAAAGCCUUUGCAUAUUACACUAAUCUUCAAAAUCAUGAAAAAAUUCAUACUGGAGAGAAACCCUAUGGGUGUAAUCAAUGUGGGAAAGCCUUUGCAUGUUGCAGUAAUCUUCAAAUACAUGAAAGUUCUCAUAAAGGAGAGAAACCCUAUGAAUGUAAUCAAUGCGGUAAAGCCUUUGCACAUAUCAUUUAUCUUCAAAGGCAUGGACGAAGUCAUAUGGGAGACAGACCACAUGAGUGUAAUCAGUGUGGUAAAGGCUUUACACAUUUUGGGCAUCUUCAAAAACAUCUGAAAAAUCAUAGAGGAGAGAAACCAUAUGAGUGUAAUCAAUGUGGUAAAGCCUUAGCAAGUCGGAAUAAUCUUCAAACACAUGAAGGAAUUCAUACUGGAGAGAAACCCUAUGUGUAAUCAGUGUGGUAAAGCCUUUGCACAUACCAUUUAUCUUCAAAGGCAUGAAAAAUGUCAUACAGAAAACAAAUGUUAUCAAUGUAAUCAGUGUGGUAAAGCCUUUGUAAGUCAAAGUAAUCUUCAGAAACAUGAAAGAAAGCAUACUGGAGAGAUAACCUAUGGAUGUAAUUGAUAUAGUAUAAGCUUUUGCAUGUUACCUUCUUCAAAGGAAUGAAAGAAUUCCUAUGGGAGAGAAACACUACCAGUCUAGUAAAUGCAGUAAAGCCUUGCAUAUCAAGCACAGUUUUCCCCCCACUGAGCCAUCUUCCUGGUACUCAUGUAAGAUUAGUGUAAUCAUUUCAUCAUUAAAGUAUUGUUUUGUUUCCAAAUUGGAUAUAAAUUGUCAUCUAAGGAUAGAGGUACACCAAGCAAUUUGACUAAUAAAACCUAUUUGAAAUGAAAAUAUUUAUACUGCCAUCCAUUUGUAUGGGGUGUGUUAGUUUAUUCUGAGGAAUAAGUACAUAAAUAUUCGUUCUUAACAUUUUAUCAGAAAUACAAAUGAAUGGCAAAGAAUUGUCACAGUGGUUAAAAGUGGUUGCUUCUAAGCCCGAGUUUAUUGUCUGGGAGACCUACAGUACUCAUACAAGUUUUUUUCUGAUUACUAUACUUGGACUGUGACAUAUUAAACACACAAUCCAGGACUUAAAUAUUCUUUGAAGGGUCACUGCAGUUACUCAGAUGUUUUGGGCACUUGCUCCCAAACGUGACUAACUUGGUUUGAUUUCUAGUACUGACAGAGGAAAUAGAAUAGACACCUGCAAGUUGUCCUCUGCCUUGCACAUCCAUAUUAUGGUACAAGUAUUUAAAUACUGAUAACAGGGUUUUUUUGUGAUAUAACUUUUUAUUAGAUAUAUUCUUUAUUUGCCUUUCAAAUAAUUUCCCCUUUCCUGGUCCCCCCCCCCACCAAAAGUCCCAUAAGCCAUCUCCCCUCCCCCUGUUCCCUAAUCAACCCCCUCCCACUUCCCUGGUAUUCCCCUACACUGCUGUAUCGAGACUUUCCAGGACCAGGGGCCUUUCCUUUCUUUGAUGUCCAACAAGGACAUCCUCUGCUGCCUAUAUGUCUGGAGCCAUGGAUAACACCAUAUGUAUUAUCUAGUUGAUGUUUUUGAUUCUGGGAGCUCUGGGAGUACUGGGUAGAUUAUAUGGUUGUUCUUCCUAUAGUGCUCAAACCCCUUCAGCUUUUUGGGUCCUUUCUCUAGCUCCCCCAUUGGAGAUUCUGUGAUCAGUUCAAUAGUUGGCUGAGAGUGUCCCCCUCUGUAAUUCCCAUGCAGUAGCAGAGCCUCCAAGGUAACAUCUAUAUCUGGCUCCAGUCAGCAAGUACUUGUGGGCAUCAAUAAUUGUGUCUGGGUUUUGUAACUGUAUAUGGGAUGGAUCACUAGGUGGGAUGGUCUUUGGAAUGGUCUUUCCCUCAGUCUCAGCUCCACACUUUGUCUUUGUAUCUCUUUCUGUGGGUAUUUUGUUCCCCCUUCUAAGAAGGACCAGAGUAUCCAUGCUUUGUUCUUCCUUCUUCUUGGACAUCCUUUGAUAUGUGAAUUGUGUCUUGGAUAUUCCAAGCUUCUGGGAUAAUAUCCACUAAUCAGUGAGUGUAUACCAUUUCUAUUCUUUUAUUUUCAGGAUCAUUCUUUUUAAUGGCCUGAAUGUUUUAUUUAUUUAUUUUUAUUUUCUCGAUACAUUCUUUAUUUACAUUUCAAGUGAUUUUCCCUUUCCUGGAUCCCCCUCCCUGAAGGUCCCAUGAGCCCUCUUCCCUCCCCCUGUUCCCCAAUCCACCCUUUCCCACUUCCCUGUCUUGGUAUUCCCCUACACUGCUGCACUGAGCCUUUCCAGGACCAGGGGCCUCUCUUUCUUUCUUCUUGGGCAUCAUUUGAUAUGUGAAUUGUGUCUUGGGUAUUCCAAGCUUCUAGGCUAAUAUCCGCUUAUCAGUGAGUGCAUACCUUGAGUGUUCUUUUGAGACUGGGUUACCUCACUUAGGAUGAUAUUCUCCAGUUCCAACCAUUUGCCUAAAAAUUUCAUGAAUUCAUUGUUUCUAAUGGCUGAAUAGUACUCCAUUGUGUAUAUAUGCCACAUUUUCUGUAUCCAUUUCUCCAUUGAGGGACAUCUGGGUUCUUUCCAGCUUCUGGCUAUUAUAGUGCUGCUAUGAACAUAGUGGAGCAUAUAUCCUUAUUACAUGCUGGGGAAUCUUCUGGGUAUAUGCCCAGGAGUGAUAUAGCGGGGGUCCUCUGGAAGUAUCAUUCCCAGUUUUCUGAGGAACUGCCAGACUGAUUUCCAGAGUGGUAGUACCAGCUUGCAACCCCACCAGCAGUAGAGGAGUGUUCCUCUUUCUCCACAUCUUUGCCAGCACCUGUUUUCUCCUGAGUUUUUUAUUUUAGCCGUUCUGACUGGUGUGAGGUGAAAUCUCAGGGUUGUUUUGAUUUGCAUUUCCCUGAUGACUAAGGAUGUUGAACAUUUCUUUAGGUGCUUCUCAGCCAUUCAAUAUUUCUCAGGUGAAAAUUCUUUGUUUAGCUCUGUACCCCAUUUUUAAGGGGGAUAUUUGGCUCUCUGGAAUCUACCUUCUUGAGUUCUUUGUAUAUCUUAGAUAUAAGACCUCUGUUGGAUGUAGUGUUGGUAAAGAGCUUUUCCCAAUUUGUUGGUUGCUGUUUUGUCCUAUUGACAGUGUCCUUUGCCUUACAGAAACUGUAAUUUUAUGAGGUCCCAUUUGUCAAUUCUUGAUCUCAGAGCAUAAGCUGUUGGUGUUCUGUUCAGGAAGUUUUCCCCUGUACCUAUGUGCUCAAGGCUCUUCCCCAGUUUCUUUUCUAUUAAUUUCAGUGUGUCUGGUUUUAUGUGGAGGUUCUUAAUCCACUUGGACUUGAGCUUUUUACAGGGAGAUAAGAAUGGAUGGUUUUGCAUUCUUCUGCAUGUUCCACCAGUUGAACCAGCACCAUUUGUUGAAAAGGCUAUCUUUUUUCCACUGGAUGUUUUUUAGCUCCUUUGUCAAAGAUCAAGUGACCAUAGGUGUGUGGGUUCAUUUCUGGGUCUUUAAUCCUAUUCCAUUGAUCUACUUGCCUGUCACUGUACAUCAAUACCACACAGUUUUUUUAACACUGUUGCUCUGUAGUAUUGAUUGAGGUCAGGUAUACUGAUUCCCCCCAGAAAUUCUUUUACUGCUGAGAAUAGUUUUAGCUAUCCUAGGUUUUUUUGUUAUUCCAGAUGAAUUUGAAAAUUGUUCUUCCUAACUCUAUGAAGAAUUGAGUUAGAAUUUUGAUGGGGAUUGCACUGAAUCUGUAUAUUGCGUUUGGCAAGAUGGCCAUUUUUACUAUAUUAAUCCUACCAAUCUACUAGCAUGGGAGAUCUUUCCAACUUCUGAGAUAUUCUUCCAUUUCUUUCUUCAGAGACUUGAAGUUCUUGUCAUACAGAUCUUUAACUUGUUUGGUUAGAGUCACACCAAGAUACUUUAUCUUGUUUGUGACUAUUGUGAAGGGUGUCAUUUCCCUAAUUCUUUCUCAGCCUGUUUAUCCUUUGAGAAUAGAAAGGCUACUGAUUUGUUUGAGUUAAUUUUAUAUCUGGCAACAUUGCUGAAGUUGUUUAUCAGCUGUAGGAGUUCUAGCUAGAGCAAUUAUACAACAAAAGGAGGUCAAAGGGAUACAAAUUGGAAAGGAAGAAGUCAAAUAAUCACUAUUUUCAGAUGAUAUGACAGUAUACUUAAGCGACCCAAAAACUCCACCAGAGAGGUGGCCCCCUCCCAGCUGAGUGUGUCCCAAGUGAUUUUAUACUCAGGUGUUUCCUGUGUUCCUGGCUGCACCCAUCUGCUCAGUCACAGGAGCAAAGAUGGCAGCCUCAGCUCUCAAUGUGGGACUCCCUCUAAAUGUGGGACUCUUUGCAGGGCAGAUGUCCCCUGGCAGGAUAGGUGCACAGACAGCUGUGGUGCUGCCCAGUUCCUGGGUGCAGGUGAGGCCUGGAGGACCCAGUCCCAAGUGAUCUUACACUUGGGUGGUCCUUAUGUUCCUGUCUGCACCUGUCUGCUCAGUCACAGGAGCUAAGAUAUGAUAACAGUUUUUAAAGAAAUGAAAUGAACAACGCAAAGAAAAUAACCAAAAUAUUGAGAACAUAGGGAACAAUUUACCAAUUGGAAUUGAUACAUUAAAGCAUUCUGUGGAGUGUUAUUACUCAGCAAAGUAAUGAUGGUUUCUGUUUAAGUAUUAUUAAUUCAAAGAUAGCUCAUUUUAUGAAUGUAUCUCAGCUGGACCUAGUGGUGUACUUUGGAGACAUACAAAUGGAUCUCUCUGAGUUUGAGGCCAUCUUGUUCUACAUGAUAAGUUCCAGGACAACCACAGCCAUGUAGAGUGAUAAGUUUUUAAAAAGAAGGAAAAAGAAAAAGUACAUAAAUGUAGCACAUAUUACAUUAUGGAACCUUUCCUAAUAACACUCUGUACUUAUCUUUAUUCAGUUAAGCCAUUCAAUACCAUGUCCCCACUCACAUAAAUAGAACAGUGUUACUAAUGAAAAUAAGCAAUAUGCUAAGUUCAUUCACAGGAAUAGAAAUCCAUUCAAUACUUUCAUAAUCAUGUAGCAGGGACUUUCUUUACAUACAAGGUAGAAGGAAUAAUGGGACAUCUUCAUCUUUUAUAUUAUAAUGACAUAUUUGGGUUCUGGAAAUUUGACUCAAUAGUACUGCUCCUGUUGGGUGUCCAACUUGUGUUUCCUAGCAUCCACAUCAAAUGAAUCAGAAAUACCUGUAAUUCCAGGUCCAAAUGAUCUGGCUUCUUUGGUCACCAGGUAUGUAAAUGGUGUAAAGGCAUAUAUACAUUUUAUAUAGUUUUAUAUAUUAUAUAUUUUUCAAUUAUGAUUGCAUUUUGUAAAUUAUGUAAAUAUGUGACUACUUAUUGUAAAAGAGGCUUUAUGGGUUUUUUUGGUUUUGCUUUUCUUUUACAUAUCUGAAUAGAAAUUUAGGUGUACUAUUGGAAUAUGGUUGUGCUUGUGUGGACACUUCAAGAAUACAAGAAAAGUCUUGUGACCUCAGUUUCUUAAAAAAAAAAAACAGAAUUGCUUUUGAAAUGUGUUUUUUUCUUUCUCCCGGGUAUAGUGGAUAAGAGUGAGUUUUCUCCAGAUUAAUUAUUUAUGUUGUCAUUGUUAUUGAAUUAAAUGUUUGAACUAUCCUUUAUAUGCCUGUGUGAUAAAACUUGUUUGUUGUUUUUAAAACAAAAAUCCCAGCUGUAUAGUUUUACCAUAUAGACUCAGGAGCCAGACACUGGUGAAAUCCUGCCAGCUCAGAGAGGUAAACACCCAGCUUACCUUUCUACCCCACAAACAUUCCAGAAGAAAAAGGUCCUUUCUCCUUCUCCAUGAUGUCUUAAAGGCCCUCCUUUCUGUUUACAUUUGUUCACUCCCUGUCAGCUGGUUAGUUGCUCUGUCUCUUGGAUUAAAGGUAUAUGCUUGGGUUAGGUCAUAUCACAAGUACUUGUUUACAGUAAACAAAAGCUCUCGAAUCAAAGGCUGAGGCAUACACCACAAUGAGAAACAGUUCAUACUCUUGGGGUUCACAAUGUGAGCAUACAUCCUGCAAUGCUUAUUUGCCAUGUCUGGGUUGUCCUUGUGAUUACAUACAGCUCAAAGUCAUGAAAACUUUACUCAUAUGACCUUAACCUUGAGAAUAUAAAUUGUGUUGAGUCAUGAAUAAAGCUAACUAUUGCAUGUGACUUUAGUUAGAUUCAUUUAUUGACUCCAUUCUUCCAGAUUCCCUCUAGAGUGGUUAUAAGUGUGUCUGAACAUGGAUCAGAAGUUGGGUACAAAAGAGAAUGGGGACUCUC